UUCUUUACACCUUCCACCAUUUUCCUCACCCCUCGUGAGGUCUCGCGACAUUCCUUUGACUCCUCCUUUUUCCCGGCGGCCGUCGCCAAGAUGCCUUCCAGACUAAGGAAGACCAGGAAGCUGAGAGGACACGUUAGCCACGGCCAUGGCCGUAUUGGCAAACACAGAAAGCAUCCUGGUGGCCGUGGAAAUGCUGGGGGUAUGCACCACCACAGAAUUAACUUUGACAAAUAUCAUCCUGGUUAUUUUGGGAAAGUUGGUAUGAGACACUACCAUUUGAAGAAGAACCAGAACUUCUGUCCUACUGUCAACUUGGAUAAAUUGUGGACACUUGUUAGUGAGCAGACAAGACUCAACUAUGCAAAAAAUCAGGCUGGAUUAGCACCUGUCAUUGAUGUUGUACGCUCGGGUUAUUACAAAGUCCUGGGCAAGGGGAAGCUGCCCAAACAGCCUGUAAUUGUGAAAGCAAAAUUCUUCAGCAGGAAAGCAGAGGAGAAGAUCAAAGAAGUUGGUGGAGCAUGUGUGCUUGUGGCAUAAGAGUUUUGUAUUUAUUCAAGUUUGAAUAAAGACACUAUAAAAUGA